AUGACCGAGAUUGCUGAAAAGACAAGAUUCUUAGCUGAACUGGAGUUUGUGCAGUGUCUGGCCAAUCCGGACUAUCUACAUUAUUUGGCACAGAAUGGGUGUUUUGGAGAGCCUCCAUUCAUAAAUUACUGCAAAUACUUGCUAUACUGGACACAACCAACUUAUGCAAAAUACAUCGAAUUCCCAUACUGCCUGAAAAUGCUCCGCCUCCUCCAAGACGCUGCAUUCAGAGACUCCUUGAAAUCCCCAGCAUUCAAACAAACUCUACAUCUAACAGAACAUCGUCAUUGGACUACAUAUCGAAAUCGUAAAGAAUUGGAAAGGCAGGGGCCCAUGCCCAAUAAUGUGAAAUCAAUCAUCGCGUAUGCUGGGCCUGGAUCUGCUAGUAUGUCUUCGACGGUUGUCAUCCCGGCAUCUUCUUCAUCGACUACGGGCACAGAUCAUAUAGAUCAGCAAGUGGAUUAUGGUAGGGAUGGUGUCAAGGUAGAAGAAGAAAAUAUGUUGGGUGAACCUACGGGUGCUACAGGUGAUGAUGAUACAGUGGCUCAACUUGGUGUUUUGAUGGAUAUGAGCUGA